AUGCAAGACAACAGACCAGAGCUUUACGAGGAGGUCAAACUGUAUAGAAAUGCUAGAGAACGUGAAAAGCAUGAUAACAUGGCUGAGCUGUAUGCAGUGGUCAGCACAUUACAACACUUGGAAAAGGCGUACAUGCGCGAUUGUGUCAGAGCGCAGGAGUACAUGGCAGCAUGCAGCAGACUGCUGGUUCAGUACCGAGUUGCUUUCAAGCAAGUGCAGGGUGAUGAGUUUCCCACUAUAGAUUCCUUUGUCACAAAAUUCCGUCUAGAUUGCCCUGCCGCCUUGGAGAGGAUAAGAGAAAAUAGGCCUAAUCUUAUAAAGGACGAUAAAGGCAACACCAAUAAGUAUAUAGCUGAGAUAGUCUCGCUGUUCAUAACUCUAAUGGAUAAACUUCGCCUGGAGCUCCGAGCUAUGGACAUGAUCCAGCCGGAGUUGAGAGACCUGAAGGACACCAUGGACCAUCUCAGCAUGCUGCCUGAAGACUUUGAAGGGAAACUUAAGGUGCAAGAGUGGCUGGACAAGCUAUCAGAGAUGUCCGCAUCUGAUGAGUUGUCCGAAAGCCAAGUUAGGCAGUUGGUGUUUGACCUGGAGACAGCUUACGGGGCAUUCAACAAGUUCCUGCACAAGGAC